UAAGAAAGCAUGUUGCACUAAAGAGUCUAACGUUAGAGCACUAAACAAUGUUUAAAAAGUUUGCCGUUCCGCCGUGGAAGGUGAGGGCGCUCCUUCUAGUCCAGCGAUGCUUUUACACACAGACUGUCUGACCCCCCACCAACAAUCCACUUCCUCUUUUGUGUAAUUUCAUGGCGAUCGGGAGAGAGGGAACACCACCGACGCACGCACACUGCCUCAGCACUCUUGAAAGAGUUUAUCCGGGUGUAAAGUAAGUUGUCCAUCUGACUGGCACAACGGACAUUGUUCUCCAGGUGAAACUAAGUGGACAACAUUAAAAGGGCUCCAUUGCACUUGGAUCUGUUCUUCUCUGUCCCAGGUUCAGACUGCGUGGUCUAUGGCUCUGAUGGACAAACACAAACAGGUCAAGCGGCAGAGACUUGACCGCAUUUGUGAGGGUAUCCGACCCCCCAUCCUGAACGGGCCAAUGCACCCCCGGCCCCUGGUUGCCCUGCUGGACGGGCGUGACUGCACUGUGGAGAUGCCCAUCCUCAAAGAUGUGGCCACAGUGGCCUUCUGCGAUGCCCAGUCCACACAAGAGAUUCAUGAGAAGGUGCUAAAUGAGGCAGUAGCUGCCCUGCUCUACCACACCAUCACUCUGUCCAGAGAUGACUUGGAAAAGUUUAAAGGCCUACGCGUCAUUGUCAGGAUUGGCUCCGGCUUUGACAAUGUUGACAUCAAAGCAGCUGCUGAGCUAGGCAUUGCUGUCUGCAACGUGCCAGCAGCGUCUGUGGAGGAGACAGCCGACACUUCGCUAUGUCUGAUCCUCAACCUGUACAGGCGAGUCACCUGGAUGCACCAGACCCUCAGGGAGGGAACCCGUGCCUCGAGUGUGGAGCAGAUCAGGGAGGUUGCUGGCGGUGCUGCUCGUAUUCGGGGCGAGACGCUGGGCAUUAUCGGUCUAGGGCGGGUUGGCCAAGCCGUGGCUCUGCGGGCUAAGGCCUUUGGCUUUGGCGUGAUCUUUUAUGACCCCUACCUGCCUGACGGUGUGGAGCGCUCACUGGGACUUCAGCGCAUGGCCACUCUACAGGACCUGCUUAUCCACUCUGAUUGCGUAUCCCUGCACUGCAGCCUCAACGAGCACAACCACCACCUCAUUAAUGACUUCACCAUCAAACAGAUGCGUCAGGGAGCCUUCCUGGUGAACACAUCAAGAGGAGGUCUGGUUGACGAAAAAGCAUUGGCUCAGGCCCUGAAAGAGGGGCGGAUACGAGGGGCCGCCCUGGACGUCCACGAGACAGAACCUUUCAGUUUUUCAACAGGUCCUCUGAAGGAUGCCCCCAACCUGAUCUGUACCCCGCACACUUCCUGGUACAGUGAGCAGGCCUCUGUGGAGGCUCGCGAGGAGGCAGCCAGAGAGGUUCGCCGCGCCAUCACGGGCCGUAUCCCGGACAGUCUGAAGAACUGUGUUAAUAAGGAGUAUCUGAUGGCAGCUUCUCAGUGGCCCAGCAUGGAGCCAGCUACUGUUCACCCAGAACUCAAUGGAGCCACUUACAGAUUUCCUUCAGGUCUGAUUAAUGUUGCAGCAGCAGGGGGUAUCCCAGGAGCUGGCACGGGGGUUGAAAGCCUUGUCUCAGGAACCCUGGCGCAUGGCAUCACCCCUGUCUCCCACCCCCCUCACGCCCCCUCCCCGAAUAAGGCCGAAGCCGACAGAGACAUCCCCUCCGACCAAUAGCCCCCCCUGCCGUCGACAGCACAUUCCGUCUCUUUUGGAAACCUCCUCCCACCGCCCCACCUCCCAGCAUCAGACACAGCCCAACCCUCCAGUACAUCGGCAGCGCCAGUUUGACCUGAUGUGGAUCUACAGUCUUGUUCCUCAGAUCACAUAACCAGCCCAGGAGUGACCUAUCCACAGCUAGUCCCAUCCCACCCACACCCCUAAAACACACACGUCCCUCCAUCCUCGUCCUCAUAUCAGCCACCCACCUGCCAUCCCCUCCCCCCUUCACUCCCCCACAACGUCAGCAAUAACUGUGUUCUCAAGGAUUCAAUGAUUUGAUUGGUUUAUAUCCUUAGUUGGCUGUUGUUUUUAAUGGAAAGGUGACCUGUUGUGGUAAUAGGUAUUAAUGUUUGUUUGUAUAAAAAAAAAGAAAAAAAAGUUGCAUUUCUGACUUGAGGCUUUAGUCCGCUGCCUCCUGCAGUCCUCCUCUGACCAUAGAGCACAGAGGCAGAAAGGUUGAAGCCCCCCCUUUGUACAUUAAUGGCUCGUGUUACUGCUCUUUUCUUCUUUUCUCCUUCCCCCCUCAACCUUUCUUGUGAUGGGGGGGAAAUGUGUACUAAAGUAAACCAGACAGAAUCACAAACAGUACAUCCAGUCCUCUUCGCCAGGCGUCUAGUUACCCCUCCGCACAGUUUGGCCCUCCGCCCUCUACGGCAGUGUCGUCCGCUCGCUCAGCAGAAUACAACGUAAUGCCAUUGGUGUGAAGCUCUGUCAGACUCUCAAAGUACAUAGGAUCUACUCAGCUCAUGCUUAGUGACACCCAACAUGCUCUACUGCUGUGACGUUCUAGUUUAAGGACAGUUAACUCCUCAUGGAUUGUUUUGUCAUGAGAUAACUGCGUUUUAUCAGAUAGCACCUAGGCAUGAAUUUCAUCUCAUGCCAGCAUCAGGAGUGCCCUGUCUGAGCUCUUUACAGCAUGGUGUGCAGCUUUUUCUGUUUGGAAAACAGCAGCAUGCCAGAGGCCUCGCCAGCAGAGGGCACUGUCUAACUGCUCAGAGCUAAGAGAGAGUUGCACGCCAGCUAACUUCACUCAGACAGACCGUUACACGUUAGCUGUAGUGAUGAAGAACAUGUUCACACACUGCCAACAUUCAGAACUCAAGAUGGGUGAGCAGGGAUCAACUAACGCCUUCUUGUUUAAUAAGAUCUCACUGCACCCACCCACCCACCAACCCUCCCUACCUUCACUCCUCUCCCACUGUCAUGGCCCAUCCUACACAUCAGCUCAUGAACCAGAACGCAUCCACCAAUUCCUUUUAAGCGUAAGGGGACAGUAGAGUUUAGUUUCUCUGUAGGAGCAAGGGGACAGUGUUCUUGCAUGCUGGCUUUGUAAAUGACAGUGGUAUGCGUGCGUGCGUGUGUGCGUACAUGGGUGUGUGUGGGUUUUGUAUGUGCGUCUGGAUGUGCCCUCACCCUGUUAUAACAAGCUAUGGUCUUUCCAAAGGAAUAGUCCCUUAGGAGUAACUCUUUAACGCUGUUGCCCUGGUGUCAAGGGAACACCUUUCUAGUACCUCAGUAACAGAUAUUGAAUGUACCGUGCAUACCCUUUUAUUUUUUGUACAGAUUUUCUAGAUACUUCUUUACUAUUCUUUACCAGAAGGGUUGUGAAAUUGUAGCGGUAAUGAUACAAUGAAAAAAAAAAAAGCAUUGCCCCAUGAAAUGAAAUUGACAAAAUCUUUUAGGUUUGCUAUAGGUCACUGAACACUCAGGCUUCGAAACCAAUGCGUAUCUCUUUGCCUUUGCCUUUUUAUUUCGUCAUUGUGGAGAAUUCAGCAACACUUUCCCAUUCUUAGAAUCAGACUCUGAUGUGUUUCAACCUCCAUCUUACUGGCUAUUGAAAAAGAAGGAAAAGAAAACAAAAAGGCGGUCUGCUUUUUUUAUUUUUAUUUUUACUUUAACAGUAGAUAAAGUUUUGUUUUUGUUUUUAACCCCCUUCAUUGUCAAGCUGCUCUAUCUAUAGUGCAUGUGAGGAAAAGUUUUAGGGGAAAUACUAUUGGCUUAAUGGAUUUGUGUCAUCUCGCGUUUCCCGCUGCUCCCUGGCCGUUCCCCCUCAGAGUGUUUUCAACCCACGUUGCCAUUUUUGUCGUGGUCAGUUUCCAGUGAUGUACAGUUUUCCCUCAGAGUCUACGAGAGACAUGGAGCAUGUCUGUCCUGAGACGUUAGGCUCCUCUGUCAUGUGAUGAGUAUAUAUUUUUAAAAAUAACCCCCAUAGUUUGGAUUAUGAGCAUAAUAGUAAUCUUAAAUUUAGCUGUUGAUUAUAUAUAUAUAUAUAUAUUUUUCCGUUCAGCAGUGCACUGUUAUAAAAACCAUAAUGUUUUAUUGUAGGAUUUCAUUUUUAUGGAUAUGCUGUCUGUGUUCUACAUGUUGUACUGAAGCAUUUCGGAGAAAAAAAUCAAAAGAUCCCUCUCCUGGUAAUUUCUUUAU